AUGCAUGAACAACAUAUGAAAUGUAUAUGGCACGACCAUACAACGGUCGUGGAGAGAUUUCCGAUUAUCCACCAAAAGCCACGAACCCACUUCGGAGUGGGUACAACGACCGGAAGAGAAGAACGAAGAGAGAAGAGAGAAGAGAGAGAAGCAGACGCUGAGAGUGAAGAAGAAACUGAUUGGUCGUCCGCCUCCGUGCUCGCCACCACAAAUCACCACAACCAUGAGCCACCACGGACCGGCGGGAUAGUGUGCACCGUCGUGGUUCGUGGCCACGUCAACAACGAUCAUGUUCGUUGCAGAAAAAAAAAGAGCUGUUUUACCCACACAACUUCCAUGGAUGACGACGGAUUGAACAUGCGAAAUUGGGGGUAUUACGAGCCUUCAUUCAAAGAACAUCUCGGUUUACAACUAAUGUCACCUCUCACAGAUCAUCGAGACACAAAACCUUUCUUAUCUUCCCGAGAUAACCCCCUCAUGAUGAACCAAAACGGAGCAUCAUCCAUGGCGGCGGCUUACCACCACCGCCCACAAAACUGCGUCGUUUCAGAAGCACCGAUACCUCUUCAUUACAUGAGAGACAGCUGGAUACAACGAGAACGACUCCUCCAUAUGCUUCCCGGAAACCCAAAUUUCUCUCUUCUUCCCGAUGCUUCCGCUUCCAAUUCAAUGCACAUGAUGCAACAACAACAACAACAACAACAACAACCCAUCGAUCUCCCAAAAGACACUCUCGACGACAAUAAUGGCGGUGGAGGUGGCGGCGGCGACACUGGCGUAAGUGGUCCUGUGAAGAAAAGAUCAACAACAAACCCUAAAACCCCACGAGCAAAAAAACCGAGAAAAGCUCCAGCUGUACCCAAAGAAAACAGCGGCAACCACCAUGGUCAAAGGUCAAAGGUCGUGAAGAGAAGUAUGGAUGUGGUGAUUAACGGGAUUGACAUGGACAUUUCUGGUAUUCCUAUUCCUGUUUGUUCAUGUACAGGGGCACCUCAGCAGUGUUACAGGUGGGGCUCCGGUGGGUGGCAAUCAGCCUGUUGCACCACCACCAUAUCGAUGUAUCCAUUGCCGAUGAGCACUAAAAGACGUGGGGCAAGAAUUGCAGGGAGGAAGAUGAGUAAUGGCGCUUUCAAGAAAGUGUUGGAGAAAUUAGCAUCCGAAGGUUAUAACUUUGCGAAUGCGAUUGAUUUGAGGCUUCAUUGGGCAAAACAUGGAACUAACAAGUUUGUAACAAUCAGAUAG